AUGAGGCGAUUAAUACCCAGAGGGGGCGCCAGGCCCUCGAGCCACCUUAGGCCGAGCUCAAGAUGCGGCCGGAGGAGACACAUCCAUAUCCAAGCCAUCCCGAGCAGCCAACUUCAUUCAGUGACAAACGAAAACUUCCACACUGUGUCUACUACUGCUAGAUCUGCUAUAUCUCCCGAUGCAAAAUUCGAAGUUGUCGGUUCGCCCUAUUCGUUACUUUCCGUCUCCCUAUCGGCAUCCCAGAAUCUUUAUACAAGGCGUGGAACGCUCGUUGGGCUAAGUGGGAAAGCAGAAAACGUUGUUUCUACUCUGCGGAUCCUUGAGCCGUUCCGGCGGGCGGCACUCGGAAUUCCAUUUCUAUACCAAAAGGUAUCCUCCACCAGUCCCGUGUCUGCGCUGAUUACCGUGAAAUCGCCAGUGACAUCGCUUGCCCUUCUACAGCUUAAUGGGACGGUAGAUUGGAUGCUAGCACAGCGGAAUGCUCUUUUGGCGUGGACAGGUCACUCGUUGACAGUAAAACCAAGAGUCAACAACCAAUUGAGUAUAAUGCAUUGGGGAAAUUCUGAAGUUACAGGGAGAGGCCUCAUUGCACUGGCUGGAAAGGGGCAAGUAUACUCUAUAGACCUGAAGGAAGGGGAACAGUAUAUCGCCCACCCAAGUAAUGUCGUUGCCUAUACCAUGACAUCAACUCCUCCCCAACCUUACAGGUUCAAGUCAACGACCCUAAGAUUCCAGGUACCUAAUCUGGGUGUUGGGAAACGCCUAUCGAAUACGAACAUUGUGUCAAAUCUAUCAAAGUCAGACACUUGGAUGGCACUCAUGAGAAUCUUUCAUACAUUUAGAACGUGGACAAGAAGGACUAUUUGGGGUGAUAGGCUCUUUUUGCAAUUCCAAGGUCCUACCACCCUACUUGUGCAAUCUCGAGCCGCGCGCAUUAACGAUAUCUUAACCGACCGAGAGGUAAAUGAAAUCGCCGAUGCCACCCCAGGAGCCACUAGGGCUGCAGUGGAAGCAACUGAAGUGCCGUCGCCUGAGGAAAUUGCUGGCAAGGCUGCUGCCAAAAAGGAAAACUACCAACGGCAAAGCGUUGCAAGUGUCCUUCAAGACGGAAAAGUCGACAUCAAGUCCACUGAAUAG